AUGUUCACCGAAGCCCUCAUGCUCGGUUAUUUUCCUGAUAUGCCCAUCCACAUGAUGUUCGUGUUCUUGCUGGAUAUCCCGGUUAUGACAUUCUUCCUGGUGUUCUUCUUUGGGCAGCACCUCACUUGCGGAGACUGGGGUCCUCGCUUCUGGCUGGACAGGCUCUGCGUGGACCAAACCGAUGAGACAACAAAGUCUGAAGGGAUCGCAGGCUUGCCCACAAUCGUGGCAAACUCUUUUCGAAUGCUCGUCCUCUGGGACAAGUCAUACUUCGAACGGCUCUGGUGCAACUUUGAGCUGUCGAUUUUCGUGAAGAGCCACGGUCUCCAAAAUCUUCGGCUUAUGCCACUGUGGCUCACCCCGUGGCUGUUGACGACGAUGUUGUUCUCUUAUUGUUCAGCUCGGCUCCUCGCUAUCUUCACACAGUUCGCUGAUCCUGGCGAUGCUGUCAAGUUAGUAGGGGGUGACACCAAUGCGCUCGCAGUUGGAUUGCAGCGAUUGCGUGAGUAUGCGCUGGACGGUCAAGUUGUCCUUCUCUUCUGUCUGCCACCCAUCAUGGUCGGCGUUGUCUCUUUCCAAAAGAAUAAGAAGUUGGAUGGACACAGAAAUAUGCUGGAAAGCCAUGGACUCCUUCGAUGUGCGACAUGCCCCAAAUGUGCUGAGACGACCUUAAAACCGCAAGUGCAGGCCCAGGUGGCGCGGCUCUUCGACGGGCUCGAUGAUCCCGUCAUUGUGGUGCCUAUCGAAGUGGUGCGCGAAGAGGAGGAGCAGGAGCUCAUCGAUUCGUCCUUGACCUUCUCAGCUCGUCUUGCUUUGCGCUCUGUGACGGGCCUUGCGAAACAUGACGAUUGCCUGGAAGAGUUCAACAAGUAUGUACAAGGUCCAAUGCGUGAUGCAGUGGUCGCAGAUCUUGGGGAGGUGACUGAUAUACCUUAUGCCGUCUGUGUGCUGGCAAUGUUGCCCUGGACCUUGUCGUUUGCUCCCUUUGCUUGGAUCGGAAGGCCAGAACUUCAUGCGCUCGGCUAUAGAUCGGACUUCGAGUAUUUCGCCGUGAUGUGGACUGAGUUCCUGUUCUUCAUGCUGGUCUGCCCGGCAGUGUAUCCUUGUCUGCUCCGAUGUGUCAAACGCCUCGACAAGAUCUUCGACCGUGGCCAUUUGCAGACGGCCGCGGCCUUCAUCUGCGGAUGGCUGAUGUUUAGCAUUGUGCAGUUUGAGAAUGGUUUCGUCGCUGCAUCGCUUGAGAGCUUUGUCUUGUCCCAGCACCCAGCUUUCCUCGGCUUCUUCCUUCUCGCAAUCGUCGCCGCCAUGUUCCAACACUACAUGCUCUUCGGCUCACGGUGGCGCCAAACAUCCAGCAGAGAGAUUGGGAUGUAG